CGGAUUCUUUACGCUGCUCCGCUGCGGGGUCGUUGCUUCGGGACGCGGUGCUGAGAAGAGUUGUCCGAGUACUGCGGGUCGCAGAAUGGCUGGAGAUGACUAUGAGGAAAUUCUCAAGUACUAUCAAUUACACGGAACAAUCGGCACAGGUGGGUUUGCAAAGGUAAAACUUGCGCGACAUCGUCUUACUGGUGAAAAAGUUGCAAUAAAAAUCAUGGACAAGCUUGCUUUACAGGAUGACUUGCCUCGUGUUAAAUUAGAAAUUGAUGCUAUGAAAGACUUGAGUCACCAGCACAUUUGCCGGUUGUAUCAGGUGAUUGAGACACCCAAGAAAAUAUUCAUGGUUUUAGAGUACUGUCCUGGAGGAGAGCUGUUUGAUUACAUAAUUUCUAAGGACCACCUUUCUGAGGAGGAAGCUCGCCUAUUUUUUCGGCAGAUUGUUUCAGCAAUUGCUUAUGUGCACAAUCAGGGAUAUGCCCACAGGGAUCUCAAACCAGAAAAUUUGCUGAUUGACGAGGAACAUAAUCUGAAGCUGAUAGACUUUGGACUUUGUGCAAAGCCAAAGGGUGGCCUUGAUUACCAUCUGAACACCUGCUGUGGAAGCCCAGCUUAUGCAGCACCAGAGCUGAUUCAAGGCAAAGCAUACAUUGGCUCAGAGGCAGAUAUUUGGAGUAUGGGAGUACUGCUGUAUGCUCUGCUAUGUGGCUUUCUCCCCUUUGAUGAUGAUAAUGUCAUGGCUGUCUACAAGAAGAUCAUGAGAGGAAAAUACAGUACUCCAAACUGGCUCUCUCCAAGUAGUACACUGCUCCUUGACCAAAUGCUGCAGGUCGACCCAAAGAAGCGGAUUACAAUCCAACACCUGUUAAGUCACCCUUGGCUCAUGCAAGGAUUUUCUGAUGCUGUUCAGUGGCAAAGUAAAUAUCCACUGGGACAGCUUGAUGAGGACUGUGUAACAGAGCUUUCUGUGUUUCAUGAGCAGAGCAAGGAGACUAUAUUACAAUUAAUAACAGAGUGGAAAUAUGACCACAUGUCAGCAACAUACCUCUUGCUUCUAUCCAAGAAGACUCGUGGCAAGAGUGUUCAUUUAAGGUUUCCAUGUCUAACAAAGCACGCCAGUACCAUGAUGUCGACAGGCCUUGAGCAUUCGAGGCCUGAUGCCCAACUGGAGGAUACAGAAUUCAUACUGUCAACUCCAGUGACAAGAAAAGUGGCAUCAAAGAAGCAUAAAAACAAAGAGAAUGUUGAGACAGUGUCAGCUUUAAGAAAUGAAGUGCCCUUUGCACUUACUGCUCCUAAGAGUCCUUUUGCAAAGAAUCAGACUGAGCCACAGGAACAAGCUGUUCCCCUUAGGGCACCUCCUUUCAAAGAGAGUCAAUUGACUGAAGUCACCCCAGUUAAUAAGCCCACUAACCCAACAAAUGCAGAUGAGUUGGCAUCCGCUGAGAUUCUUUGUGAAGGAAGGUGUCAGUCAGUGGAAUUAGAUCUCAACCUUGCACAUGUGGAUAGCAGCCAAAAGAAGAGAAAAGCCAAAAUAUUUGGAAGUCUUGAAAGAGGCCUAGACAAAGUGAUCACAAUGCUUACACCAAGCAAGAAGAAACGAUACACUAGAGACUGCCCAAGGAAACUUAAGGUGUUUAUCCACCUGAUCAGGCUGAGGAAGUUGAUGAACCUUUCUGUGGACAGAUGGAAGUAGCCUCAUGAUCCCAGGCCCUGGUUCUCAUGGGGGACUUCAACAACCCUGAUAUUUGUUGGAGAGACAGCACAUCACAGCACAGAUAGUCCAGGAAGUUCCUGCAGAUUACUGAAGGUAACUUUUAGACACGUAUGGUGGAAGAGCUAACAAGGAAAGGUGUGUUGUUGGACCUUUUACUAACAAACCAGGAUGGACUGAGUGGAGAUGUGAAGGCUAUAGAGAUCUUCACUGUACUGACCAUGAAAUAAUGGUGCAUGGAUCUGUGUGGUGGAAACAGAGUAAUAACAGGACUAGAAUCCUAAACUUCUAGAGAGUUACCUUCAAAUAUCUACUUAGAGGAAUCCCAUGGGAUGGGGCUCUAGAAGAGAAGGAAAUCCAAGAGAGGUGGUCAGUAUUCACGCGUCACUUCCUCCAAGCUUAAAUCCAGCAUAUCUCUGUGAUGAAGAAGUUAGGCACAGGGAGCACGAGAUCUGCGUGAAUGAGCAAGGAGCUUCUAGCAAACUUCAAAGAGAAGAAGGAAAUUUAUGUGAUAAGGAGAAAGGGACAGACCAUAUAAGGAAGACUAGGAGCAUUGUCAGAAUAUGCAGGAAUGCAGCUAGGAAGGUCUAGUUGUCUAACUUGUCUCAGUCUUAAAGCUGGGGAUCUGGAUGAUCCACUUGGAUGCUGUGAUGUCAUUCUAGUGGGAACUUGAUAGGCUGGGAAGUUGGGCAGAGAGAAACCUAAGGAGGUUCAACAAGGGCAGCUAGAGGUCCUGCACCUGGGGAGGAAUAACCCCAAAUACUAGAACAGUUUGGAAGUGACCUACAAGAGACCAGCUCUGUGG